CGUCCGCCUCUCAUUCGUGGCGGGGUGCAGCUCAUGGCCCCUCUGCGCGCCGCCCCAUGCAGCUGGGCUACGGGUCUUUGGGGAUCGCCGUCUCCCUGGCCCUCCAGGAUCUAAGGCCGUGGUUCAGGAGCUGCUGGGCGUCCAGGGUCUCGGUGGGGGUGGCGUAUCUGCCCUUUUUACAUCCCCACAAGGCCCCCCUGUCUUGUAGGGAGGCCAGUCAGUGAAGCGCGGAGCCCCGGCGUGUCGAGAGGGAGUCCAGUCUUUGAGGACCGACUGGUCCUGGGCCACCUCUCGCCUCUGCUGUCAGAAGCAGAAGCUACAGCCGUAUCCAGUAUUUCGGGAGCUGUGUCCCUUUCCUCAUGCAAAACAAGGAGACUUGGACUGUGUUUACUAAGGCGCCCCUUAUCCCUCCCAUUGUGUGAGCGGACAGAUGCCUGCAACUUUGGGGAAGCGGCCGGUGCUGUGGAAAAGCUGUGGCUGGGAGUCAGGAGGCCUGGGUUCUAGCCGUGGUUCCAGCACUGACUCGCUGGCCACUCCAGAAAGCUCUAAUUGAGGCUGAAUUUACGAUGAUUUCAGAUUACACGGUUGAAUUAGGGGCUCCAUUAGGGCCUUUUUAGCUCAGUGAAUAAGAUCCUCUGAGCCCGUUUCCCCAAGUAUAGAACGAGAGCGUCAAUUUGAUGACUUUUCAGGUCCCCUCAAAAGUUUUUUUUUUCUUUAUUUAAAAAUUUUUUUCCUAGGACUGUUAGAGAAAUGACUUUGUGUUUUGAAUGCUUAGGCAAUCACAAAAACUUUUAAAUGGAUUGUAUGUAUAUUUAGGAAAGUAUUAUGCUUUGGAGACAGUUUAGCUUUGCUGCUUUCUAGAGCAUCUGAGAAUGAGGAAUAAACUCAGGAAGGAUCGCAACUGAGGAUGAUUAUUAAAGUUACCGGGUAAGAGACUGGAUGGCCGAAGGAAAAGGGCUAAGGGAAAGAUGAAGGAAAUGUUUCCAGAUAGGAUUAGUUCUCCUAAAAAUCAUGUAUGUAUCCCAAGAACAGCUGGGCUAAUGUGACUAAAUUUAGCUUAAUUUUUUCCCACUGAAAUACUGUGCUCUGUAUUUUGUGACCUUUGUUUUACACAUUUGGAUAUUCCACCCUGGUCAGAUUGAUUCAGAGUGGCCGUCGCAUUUGAAAAAUGGGCAGACAUUUCAACCCCUUAGUCAAUUGUGUUUCACCUGUCACUGUCAGGGCAGCUCACUAAGAGUAAAAAAGAAACUUUACGUCACUUUCCAAUGCAAUUUGGACUGAAAAUGAGGCUGUGGAUUUAAAUUGGCCUGAGAUGGACGCCUGUGUCAUCAAGAAGGAACAUCUAGGAAAGCUAAAGGUGCUUUGGAAGUAAAUAAGAGCAAAAGGUCAGAGUGACAAGUAGGUGGACUGACAGAGCAGGAUUAAUGAAAGAUUGUAUUAAUUGGGGCCCGCAUGGUGGCUCACGCCUGUAAUCCAGCACUUUGGGAGGGCAAGGCGUGUGGAUCACUGGAGGUCAGGAGUUCAAGACCAGCCUGAUGAACAUGGAGAAACCCCAUCUCUACUAAAAAUACAGUUAGCCAGGCGUGGUGGCGCAUGCCCGUAAUCCUAGCUACCCAGGAGGAUGAGGCAGGAGAAUGGCUUGAACCCAGGAGGCAGAGGUUGCGGUGAGCCGAGAUCGCUCCAUUGCACUCCAGCCUGGGCAACAAGAGCUAAAACUCCGUCUCAAAAAAACAAACAGCAAAAAACAGAAUGUAUUAUGUAACUUCUGAAAGCUUAAGUAAACCUUAAAUUGUCUAGUUCAAAACAAUUCAAUGAAUGAAUACUGCUCCCUCUUUUGAAUGAGAAUAACCUUUGCAGUUAUUCUAUAGUUGUUUUAUAUUUGUUGGGCUAUUUUAAUGCUUAGGUAAGUUUCAUUUACAUGAUAUUUUAGGAUCUUAUAUAGGAAACAUCUUUUCUAGUCAUGGGAUUGAUAAAGUCCUUGAGUACUAACUUGGAAGAUUCUUCGAUUAUCAAUUGACAGAAGUGUGUUUUCCUUUCAACUAAAAAAGUGUCAUUCAUGGUUUUUAAACUCUGCUAGGAGGAUAUUUGUGACGUGAAAUGGAUAUUUGUGAGGUAAAUUUAGGUGUUAGAACUAAUGCAAAUAUUGUAGUGAAGGAAGGUUUUAUUUUUUAAUUUUAAAUUACUUAUUUGAAAAUUUUAUUUAAAAAUUUUAGCAAACAGUUGGUUGAGCAUCACAGAAAUGUGAUUCACUUCUUGCUAGUCCUUAUCCAGCCGUAUAACCUUGGAUAGGCCUCCUGUCUCUUUGUACUUCAGUUUCCUGAUGUGUAGAUUGAGGAGUCUGUGUGAGAUAAUCUGAUUUUGUUAUCUAGUUAGUAUACUUGGGAAUCAUGUACAGGGAUCAGAAAGCUGAGAAAAAGCCUUCUGAGUCCAGAAUGUGUGUAUGUGUGUGUGAAAAACAUAUAUAUUGUCCUCUGAGAAUACACCUUUUUAAAAUAAAUUCAUUUGAAUGUAAUUAAAGCAGUAACAUAAACCAAAACAGCCUCAGGCAGACCUUAACCCUGGCAUACAUAAGCUACCUAAAUAAGAGAGCAUGUUACGCCAAGCACAAUUUUCAAGUACAGACGGUACAAAAUCCUCUUAAAGGCCAUAGGGGCUAAAUUGUUAAAUUCAUUUUUCUGCAUUUCAGGGAAAGAGAUAAAUCCUUAGACCCAAGGAAGUCAGUUUUUAUUAUGGUUCUGUAGUUUAUUUUUGGCAUACAUUCACAGGUGUGCCUAUGGCUCUAUUCUUAAUCCUUUUCCUUUGGGAUGGCUCCAAGAGUAGUACAAAUUUGUAACUCUGUAAUUUAGCUCUUUAAUUUUUUCUGUGCUGCACUGGAAUUGUGUUUUAUCUUAAGUCCACACUGGAUCCUCAGGAUGGAUCCAGUGAGGAUUUUGAAAGAAGCAUAAUUCCUUUGACUUCUUCUAGAAUUAAUUUACCUAUUAAAUAAAAAGGAAAGGAUUCGUCUUUUAUUUCAAUUCCUCAGGCUAACAUUUCAAUAUAAACUGAUAAAUGCUGUGAGCAUUAUUCAGAAAGCCACAUUCAAUUUGUGUGACAGUAACAGCAUAGGAAGGACAGUGCAACAAGGGCACAGGUACAUGAUACCUCUGCGAAGAAAAGCGCUACAGGUUGGUUUAUUUAUUCUGCAAAACAAACAACUACAGUAGGAAUGUAGUACGUUUUUGGCUCUUGUCCAUUUGUUUCUUGGAUUUAAGCUGGUUCUGUGACCAGAACUACCAUCACCAUACCCUGACAUUUUGGGCAGAAAUUUGGGAGACUAAGAUAACGACUAUUUUAAUUUUAUGUGUAUAGCUAGAAGUUGAAACAAGAAUACAUUGGCAUUGUUAUUGCUCUCUGGGCUCUCCCUGAUUUUUGGACACACGCUUACUUUUCCAGAGCUCUCAUUUUAAUCAGUAGUCCAUGAUUACCUAAUGGAAACAUCUACUGUGUAGAGUUUUGGUUGAGGAUAUGAGAAUUUCUAAGACUUUGGAGUAGUUAAAAGACAACAGAGAAAUUUAUCCCAUCAUAAUUUCUGUAUUUUAAGCACAUACUAGAUUUGUCAGGGCUGAAGAACAAAUGGCUGGUGUUGUAAUUCAUCUAUGAAUUCAACAAACACUUAGAGAUGGCCCCCAAAAUAGCAGUUAUUCCACUUGGCUUUGGCGAUUCAUUGUUUAGCAGAGUGCAUAUAGUUCCUGCCUUCUUGGGAUUUGUGAUCUGUGCUUCUGGGAUAGUUACAUUGAAUAAGUAAUUAGAAAUGUGAUGACUGUUUUGAAAGGUAAAGUGCUAUGGAAGCCUAUAAAAGGGGCACUUAAUUUAGUCUGGUGGGAAAUGAUUUUGAGUUUAAAAAAUGAAGGCUGAGAAGAAUUUAAUAUGCUCACAGUACAAAGUACAUUGUUUCACUUUAUGUAUUUAUUCCCAAAGUUGAGGCUUUCUCUCAAUUUUAAUUAGGUCUUUAUUAAGUUUGUAUUUUGUACACAUUUUUAUAACUAGCACAGAUGUAAACGGCUUUAUCAGUUUGUGUUUUUUUAAUUUUGGAAUUGGGGUCUUGCUCUGUCACCCCGGCUGAGUGCAGUGGUGAUCAUAGCUCACUGUCACUUUGAACACUUGGGCUCAAGCUAUUCUCCCUCAGCUUCGCAAGGUGUGAGGUACAUGAGAGUACUCCAUCCACCUCUGACAUUGGCCCUGUGCUCUCAUUCAGCCAAUUCUGUUAGUACUGCCUCUUACCAAAAUAUUUGCUUACCCACAAGUUAGAUAACAAGCAUGGGGAAUGCCUGGCGCACAGCAUGUAUGGAAUGAGUAUUAGGAUUUCAGUAAUGCCACAUUCAGAAAGCCAAGAAAAUAUGAAGAGCCGUACAUAUAGGGUAAAUUAGGAGAGAAUUUUGAGAGCUACAUCAUCAAGGAUUAAAAUUCUGCUGUUAGUUUUGUCUCUGUGACAUGUGGUCAUCUAGUCUUAAUGCUUAUUCCUUCAAAAAUGCAUUCUUUUCAUUUUCCUCCCUUUAUACCAAAUACUCAUUCUCUUGCACUAGUUUCUGAAAUGGUCUUCUGUUAUAUCUGCCCCAUAUGCUGUUUUUAAAACUGAUAUUGAAAUGCUGUUUUACUCAUCGUACCUUAUUGCUCCAGAAUUUUUAAGAGCAUCCUGCUUCCCCAGGAAACAAUGACAUUGAAUGUAAAUCAUGCUUGGAGCCCCUGGGAUUGGCAAAUGUUUUUAUAAGAAGCCAGAUAGAAAAUAUUUUGGGCUUCUAAGCCAUGUGAUAUCUUAACUACUCAACUCGGCCCUCGUGGGAAAGCAGCCUUAGAUAAUACCUAUGGGGGUGGCUAUUGUCAAUAAAACCCUACUUACAAAAACAGGUGGCUGGCUCAGCCUAUAGUUUGCUAACCCUGAGAACUUGGCAGCAAAAAGAAGAGAUAAAAUAGUCGUUAGAACAUAGAGCACAAUCAAAUAAAGUUUUUUCCAUAUAGGUGAGAUCUGAUAAUGUGUUUAGGCAGAAAGGAGAAAACUUGUGAAGAAGGCGAGACUAAACCUGUUGAUAUUUUUGCUUGGGGGCCAGGUUAGAGAUAGGAUCAGUUGUUAUAUUUUGAUGAUUUAUUCCUAAAAAGGAAGAGAGACACCAUUAAUAGCUAAAUCAUCAAAUACUUAUAGAGGAGAAAGAAUGAAUUCAGAUGCAUUGAGGCAGUUGAGAGUACCUGUGAGGAUGUGUUUGAUUUCCUUGGGAAAAUGAAAGAAGAAGUAGGAAGAGGGCAGAGGAUAACUGGAAGCUUAAAAUGUGGAAAGGAUGUUUAAGUGCUGUGGGGAGUCCUUUCAGGCAGUGGUUACCAGUGUUUUGUGUUUUUUGUUGUUGUUGUUUUUGAGACGAGGUUUCGCUCUUGUUACCCAGGCUGGAGUGCAAUGGCGCGAUCUCGGCUCACCGCAACUUCCGCCUCCUGGGUUCAGGCAAUUCUCCUGCCUCAGCCUCCUGAGUAGCUGGGAUUAUAGGCACGUGCCACCAUGCCCAGCUAAUUUUUUGUAUUUUUAGUAGAGACGGAGUUUCACCACGUUGACCAGGAUGGUCUUGAUCUCUUGACCUUGUGAUCCACCUGCCUCCGCCUCCCAAAGUGCUGGGAUUACAGGCGUGAGCCACCGUGCCCGGCCUACCAGUAUUUUGAAGAUGACAAUUUGUUUAACUUCAAAACAAUUUGUGGACCACCCCAUGAUUGUAGUUAUGUUUUUAGUAUUCACCAAUGGAUAAUAUGCAUAUUAGAAAAAGCUACUAGUCAGUUCUCUCUUAGAUAACUUUGUAUUUUAUUAACCACAAAAUUGACUGCACAUUUGAAAAAUGUACAUGAGAGAUAGUCUUUAUGUAAUGCAUUUCCCUGGGUACCCACUGAGAUAACUAAUUUUGCAGCUUCCCAGGAGGCUGAAAGCUCAUAAGUUAGAAAUCAUUGCACUCUAAUGAAUCCACAAUAAGAGAAUAAACAAUUGCUCAGAAGUAGUAUUCUGUCAAAAUUAAAAUGGACUUGUAAUGAACUCACUUUGAAGGAUUCCGUAACUUUUCAUCCAGUAGUACUUGACAGCUUUGAGCAAGAUGACAGAAACAAAGUGAUCUAGGGUUAGGCAUAACAUUAUAUAGAAGGCCAGAAUAAACAUUUAGCUUUUUCUGUCUCUAAAUUACCUUUUCCUGAGAAACUGGGUGUGAACCCAGUUUCAUUAAUUAUUCUGCAGAUGAACCACAUCCAGGCAUUGGGGAGGUGGAGGACGUAGAACAGCUAAAUCAAUGUUUGAUCCAACACUUUCAUCUCAUUACAAUGAGUUUGAUUUUUCUUUUCUUUUUAUUUCAUGGAAUACAUGAGAAUCUCUUAACUCUUGGAGUUUCCAAGGAGUCAUACCUCGUGACUUUAGUUGGUGGAAAAGAACAAAACUAAAAUGUUGUAUGGCCAAAGCCACAAAGGGAAGGAUCUGCAAUUUACAUCCUUGGAGCUACCAUCUGUACUGUACUGUUGUGAUCUACUGAUUGGCAUAGGCAGAGUAGUAGGGGUCAAGUGACAGAAUCUGUGCCAACAGUCUCCAGGUUCAGAACGAUUCAAUACCCUAAUGGUAGCUCUCCAGCAACCAGCACAUGGUGAUUGUACCAACUUGUUGCUCAGUUACAGUGCAGGGCCAGUGAUUGAUUGGUUUAAGUCAAGGCCAUGGUUGAGAUUAUUUGUCUUUAGUCUAAUAACAGUAGAAUUUGAGUCUCCAGGGAAGGAGCUACUUGACCAAAUUAAACUAGUAGCAGAUAGAGUGCAAAUGACAACAUAUUAUACCAUCAAGAUGUUCUUAGAGCAGUGUCUGGAUGGAGCUGUUAUACUGCCAUCAGUUGUGACUGAUAUUGUUGUAUUGAAGGAGAAAGAGAAGCUUGUUUAGAAAGCACUUUGAAAGCUUUUUGAAUAUGGGUAUGCCCUGUGUCACCCUGUUAUGGUUGAAUUUUCUCCUUGGAAAUUCCCAAACUUGGCAGCAGUCUUGAACUCUCAACUUCAAGUGAUCUGCUCUCCACGGCCUCGCGAAGUGCUGGGAUUACAGGCAUGAGCCAUUGCACCCGGCCAGGCUUAGGAUUUUAAAAAUAUAUUCAUUUUGAAAAUGGAAGAAUAUGACAUUUUUGAGUUGAAGAUACCUUAUUAGUUCCUAGUUUGUGAAUUUUAUGGUAUGUUAAUGUAGAGCUCCUUCAGUAUGUAUAAUCUGGAACACAGCCCCUUUAGUUUGUCAGCCUUUGGUACAUAGGGGAUACCUAACAAAUUAUAGGUAAAUUUAACUAGAAUUCUUCCUUUGUGUAUAGAGUAGAGCUCUUCACAUAGUAUUAUUUUAAGUGAAAUAAUGGCUUAAGGUAAAUUCUUUUGAAAUUGAAAUUAUGGCUUCAACAACUUAGGGCAGAAAGCCUUCUGUUUUAUAUCAAAUCCCUUUUCUCCAAAAACAUGUACAUAAAAGUUUUGGAUAUAAUCCUACAGGAUGAAGAACUCAUCUAGAAGCAGUUGCUGUAUUCCUGACAUUUAUUAGGCACUCAACCAAGACUUGAUAACUAAUUAAAAUUUGAGUAGAGUGGGUUACCUAUUUGAAUUUUAGGUGAUAUUGAUAUAAUUCACAUAUUUUAUUUGAUCUGGGUCUUCACAUAUACAAUUUUUUAUUCCUGUGUGGGUUAAUUUCAAACUUGCCUGGCUGAUAUAUACUCAUCCCUCAAAUAUCAGUUUAAAAGGUCACUUCUGAAUGAGGUGUAAUGGUCAUAGGUUCUCAGUGGUUUUUGUUGGGUCUGUUAGAACUCUACAGUGCUUUGACUUUGGGUAACUUAAUUAUUGGUUAAAAAAAGAUACAUUUUAAAAAUUAAAGUUAUAAAGCUAAAAUUGGAGAAUGGAUAAACUUAAUUUAAUAGGCAAAUAUUUUGAUAAAAGUCUUCAUAACUACACGAAAGGUUCAUGAUCAUUGUGGCAAACAUGGGCUUAUUAUCUUCCACUCUGGUUUUUUCUGUUUUUUGUUUGUUUGUUGUUUUUCUUUUUCGAGGAGGUCUCUCACUCUGUUGCCAAGGCAGAGAGCAGUGGUGCUAUCAUGGCUCACUGCAGCUUUGACCUCCCAGGCUCAAGCAAUCCUCCCAAAUAGCUGGAACUAUUGGCAUGUGCCACCACACCCAGUUAAUUUUUGUAUUUUUUGUAGAGAUGGGAUUUUGCCAUUAGGGUAUUGCUACAACCACCAGUGUGAAAUCACAGGCCCAUAUGGGAGAUAAAACAGCCCUGGGAGAUAAAAGUUGAGUCCAGCCUCUUCCCCCAUUUUGCAGAUGGAGACAUUUAAGGCCCAGAGAAGGAAAUGGAAUUGCCAAAGGUUCUACAGUGAGUUCAUGGGAGGGGCAAGACUAAUGAGAAAACACACAUCUCUUGGGCACUCACUGGGCACUGUGCUUUGCAUACAUGAUCAUAUCCCAUCCUCAACUCUGAGGCUCAGAGACACAGGGAGUUGCCCAGGAUCACACAGUUAGGAGAUGGCAGAGCUGGAAUUUGAAAGCCGGUCUGAUUUUCCACACAGAUCGUUUGACCACUGACACUUUAGGGUUGCCUAAAACCCAGGCCCCGUCUCCCCGCUUCUCUCAGUCCACUCUAUCCCUGUAGUCCUCUGUUAUGUUACAUUGACUCCUAAAGAAAAAAGAUCCAAAUGGACACAGUUCUAGAGGAGUUUCAAAGCACUUGUGUCUUCCUGCACAUCAUCUCAGGAGAUCCUGACACCAGACCCAGGUUGUAGCCUGGGCAGAAAUAGCAGGAACUCUUGGGUUUCCUUUAAGACUUCAUCACUGUAUGCAAGAGCUGAGCAAAGUAGGCAGGUUAAGAAAUUCCUGUGGUAGGAAUGGGGACCCAUGACCUGCCAAUAAGGAAGAACAAACAUAUAGAACUUGGCCAGGGAAUCUUUAAUCCAGAAGAAAAAAGUGUAUCUUCUCUCUUCAUAUGUUUUAAAUAGAAUAAUGAGAUAAUCCUGAAUUUUAUUUUAUUUAUUUAUUUUUUAUUUGGAGAUGGACUCUAGCUCUGUCGCCUAGGCUGGAGUGUAUUGUUGCAAUCUCAGCUCACUGCAACCUCUGCCUCCUGAGUUCAAGCAAUUCUCCUGCCUCAGCCUCCCAAGUAGCUGGGACUAUAGGUGCCCACCACACCUGGCUAAUUUUGUGUUUUUAGUAGAGACAGCGUUUUGCCGUGUUGGCCAGGCUGAGAUAAUCCUGGAUUUUAAAAAUUCAGCUCUAGUGUUUAUAUUUUAAUUUAUUCUUAGAAGUGUAGAAGGGUCUGGAGGAAAUACAAAAUGUGAGUCUUAUUUUAUGAUUUGCUAUGGUAAGCCACAUUUAAUCCCUUUCUUCAGUGAAAGGAUUUGCAAAGGAUACAACACAAUGUACCUAACUGUUGCUUUCAUUGUAUUUUUUUCCAGAUUUUUAUUUAGUUUAUAAUGUUACAACAGUAAGGGAAAUUAAAAGGAAUGAAAAUUAUCCAUAAUCCUAGCAUCCUAACAAAUGAACUGUUCAGUGUUCCUCUUACUUGCAGGCAAAAUUUACAUAGGUGAUUUAUGAGUGUAGUUAAAGCUUCGUAUUCGCUCAGCUUUCUCACUUGACAGUUUAUCAUUAUAAUGCCACAGGUCUUCUUAAUUAUCAUUUAAAAAUAAAUGUUUUAAUAAUUAUCGUAAUGGCUGCUUAAUACUCUUUUAAGUGGAUAUAUCAUUGCCUAGUAUUAUAUAUUUAGAAGGACUCCAAUUUUUCACUAUCACAGAUAAUCCUAAAGUACAUGUCUUCAUACAUAUCACAUUCUCCUAUUUUUGUCAUUUCUUUAAAAUCCCCAGAUCUAGAUUUGCUGGGUCAAAGGUCCUGAAUGCUCGCAUGGCUCUUGAUAUAUACGGGCAAAUCGCUUUGCAAAAGGCUUUUAUACAUUUACUUUGCCUCUGGUAAUGGAUGAGUAGAAUAGUCUCAUACUAUGCUUUUGCCAUAACCGAGGGAAAUCUACCAAGAAAUGAAAGAUAACUUGAUAAGCCACAUUUUUAACUUCAUUUACAAAUGGCUUGACAGACCUGUUGCAGGGUCUCUAUUCUCUUGUCUCUGUUGCUGUCAUAAAUUAAGUGCCUGUACCAAAAAUUUGGGAAAGUGACAAAGCAGUUAUUAUACCAUUUUAUAGCUGAGAAACUGAUUCUCAACUCAGGGUUUUGUCCGAUAGGCUGCACAGUGAGUAAGUGGAAGUAAUAUCAUCAGCUGUUAUGAACCAAAGAUGAUGCACUGGUUUAUUACAACCUCCUGGAAUGUCUUCUGGAUUUUGAAGCUGGGAAAGCAUGUUCACAUCAGCAGGUAUUCUGAUCAAUAUGCAUUUGAAUGUCCAAUUGGAAUAUAGUCUCUACCCUCAGUCUCCUGGAAAAAUGAAGUGUGUUCAUUUUGACUGCUAAAAGAAGGGAGCAGGUGCACUGGGAAAACAUACAAAGUUUGAUUGGAAACAGUGGUGCCUGUGAUUUCAACACUCUGAGAAGCCGAGGUGGGCUCAUCACUUGAGCUCAGGAGUCUGAGAUCAACCUGGGCAACAUGGUGAAUUCUCGUCUCUACUAAAAAUAUAAAAAUUAGCCAGGUGUGGUGGCGCAUGCCUGUAAUUGCAGCUAUUCCAGUGGCUGAACCAUGAGAAUCAUUUGAACCUGGGACACAGAGGUUGUGGUGAGCCAAGAUCACACCACUGUACUCCAGUCUGGGUGGCAGAACAAGACUGUCAAAAAAAAGAAAAAGAUAUAAAGUGUGGUAGGCAAGAAGAGGAAAGAGAUCAUCUCAGCUGCUUUUGGAUAUUGGAAGUGAGCUCAGACCCGAAAACUGAGAAGCUGCCUGUUGCAGCAUCAAGGUUACUGACUUUUGAUGAUGUUUGGUGGCUACGAGACUGUAGAAGCAUAUGAAGACGCUCUUUAUAGAGACGAGUCAUCUAGUGAACUGAGUGUUGAUAGUGAGGUGGAAUUUCAGCUCUAUAGCCGAAUUCAUUAUGCCCAAGAUCUUGAUGAUGUCAUUAGGGAGGAAGAACUUGAAGAAAAGAACCCUGGGAAUUCGGAAUCUUCAAGUAGUAAACCAAAUCAUAAGAAGCUAAUUGUCGUUUCAGAUAGUGAAAUCAUCCAGCUGUCAGAUGGGUCAGAGGUCAUCACUUUGUCUGAUGAAGAUAGUAUUUAUAGAUGUAAAGGAAAGAAUGUUAGAGUUCAAGCACAAGAAAAUGCCCAUAGUCGUUCUGCUUCUCUUCAGUCUAAUGAGCUGGUUGAUAAAUGCAAGAGUGAUAUUGAGAAGCCUAAACCUGAAGAGCGAUCAGGUAUAAUCCGAGAGGUCAUGAUUAUAGAGGUCAGUUCAAGUGAAGAGGAAGAGAGCACUAUUUCAGAAGGCGAUGAUGUGGAAAGCUGGAUGCUACUGGGAUGUAAAGUAGAUGAUAAAGAUGAUGAUAUCCUUCUUAACCUCGUGGGAUGUGAAAACUCUGUUGCUGAAGGAGAUGAUAUCAACUGGUUCAUCAGUGAUAAAGACAUUGAGGCCCAGAUAGCUAAUAACCGAUCACGUGGAAGAUGUACCCAGCGAUAUUAUUCAGCCAACAAAAACAUUAUCUGUAGAAAUUGUGACAAACGUGGCCAUUUAUCAAAAAACUGCCCCUUACCACCAAAAGUUCGUAGCUGCUUCCUGUGCUCUGAGAAAGGACACCUCCUGUAUGCCUGUCCAGCCCCACUUUGCGAAUACUGUCCUGUGCCUAAGAUGUUGGACCACUCAUGUAUUUUCAGACGUUCCUGGGAUAAACAGUGUGACCGAUGUCAUAUGCUAGGCCACUAUACAGAUGCUUGCACAGAAAUCUGGAGGCAGUAUCACCUAACAACCAAACCUGGACCACCCAAAAAGCCGAAGACCACUUCAAGACCAUCAGCCUUAGCAUAUUGCUAUCACUGCGCGCAGAAAGGCCAUUAUGGACACGAAUGUCCAGAAAGAGAAGUGUAUGAUCCCUCUCCAGUAUCUCCAUUCAUCUGCUACUAUGAUGACAAAUAUGAAAUUCGGGAGAGAGAAAAGAGACUAAAACAAAAAAUAAAAGUACUAAAGAAAAACAGGGAUUUCCCAGAGCCAUCCAUGCUACCUUACAUAGAAGGAGCAAAUGAGAACCUCUACCAUGAUACAAGGAAGGGCUGUGCCUCAAGGAAAAGCAACAGGUGGCCUCAAGAAAAUAAAGAUACACAAAAAGAAAUGAAGAACAAGAAUAGAAACUGGGGGAAGCACAGGAAGGCUGACAGACAUCGUGAAGUGAAUGAAGAUUAUCCUAGGGGCCCCAAAACCUACUCUUCUCUUGGCAGUUUUAAAACCCAGAAAUCUUCCAGGCCCUUUCACCGUUCAUCACAUUACCACACAUCAAGAGAAGACAAGUAUCCCAAGGAGGGCAAGAGGGGCAAGCAGAAGAAAAAGAAGUGUUUGGAAGAUGAUGACAAUGAUAAUUUAUUUCUUAUUAAGCAGAGGAAAAAAAAGUCUUAAGCUUUGAGGCAGCCUCUGAUGUGGCUUUCCAUUGUUCAUUUGGCCUGUGUGUCUAUAACCUUUUGGCAAUGUUUUUAUUAUCUUGGAUUAAAUAAAGUGAGUUUGGGUUUUGUUUUUUUAA